UUGCAAAAUUGCUACAUAACCACACAUAUCUUAAAAUGACAUUUUUGGUUUUGAAUAGAAUUGUUAUGUUUCUUUGACUCAUCACCUCUCCUCUGAUAUAUUUUGCUAGAAUCACCGAUAAUUUGUUAUUCGUAAGAUAUGUUUCCUCCGGUUGCUUUGGCUUCUUGUUCCUCCUUUUCUUCUCGCAAUUGGUCAUACGAUGUUUUCCCGAGCUUCAGAGGUGAAGACGUCCGCAAAAAAUUCCUCAGCCACUUUCAUAAGGAGUUAGAACGUAACUCGCUCAUUGCUUUCAAAGACAACGAGAUAGAGAGAAGCCAGUCAAUCGCCCCAAAGCUUGAACAGGCGAUUAGAGAAUCGAGGGUUGCUGUGGUGGUGUUCUCUAAAAACUACGCCUCGUCAAGCUGGUGUCUUAACGAGUUGCUGGAGAUUCUGAAAUGCAAAAAGCAUGGUCAAACGGUGAUACGAAUAUUCUACGAUUUGGAUCCUUCUGAUCUUAGAAACCCGUCGGGAGACUUUAAAGAGACAUUUGAAAAGACUUGCAAAAAUAAAGAAGAAAAAGUGAUAAAUGAAUGGAAGAAAGCGUUGACGGAAGCUGCAAAUAUCCUUGGAUUUCAUUUGAAGAAUUGGGAUAACGAAGCUAAAAUGGCUGAAGAAAUAUCCCGUGAUAUUUUACAUAAACUAAGUUUAACUCCAAAAAAUUUUGAGGAGUAUGUGGGCAUUAAGUACCAUAUAGAAGAAAUGAGUUCACUGCUGCAAUUGGAUUCUGAGGAAGUGAGGAUGUGUGGGAUAUGUGGUACGUCAGGAGUUGGCAAGACUAUCAUUGCCAGAGCUUUAUUUAAUAACCUCUCUAGCAAGUUCCAAAGUAGUGUUUACUUAGAUAGGGCUUUCUUUUCAAAGUGUGGGGAAGGUUAUGAUCGACCCACCUUUAAUGACUAUAAUAUGAAGUUGCACUUGCAAAGAAAGUUUCUGUCUGAAAUUAUGGAGAAAAGGAACAUGAUGAUGAUUGGUCCAAUUGAAGAAAGACUAAAGCACCAAAAGGUUCUUAUCUUUAUUGAUGAUGUGGAUGAUCCACAUGCGCUAAAUGCCGUGGCCGGUCAAACUCGAUGGUUUGGAAGUGGGAGUAGAAUCAUUGUGGUUACGAAUGAUAGGCGGCUUCUAGAAGCUCAUGGGAUUGAUUUUAGGUAUGAAGUUGAUCCCCCAUCUCCUGAAGAUGCUCUAAAGAUUUUCUGUCAAGCUGCUUUCAAGCAAAACUCUCCACCUGAUGGUUUGGAGGAGUUUGCUUCUGAAGUUGUACAACUUGCAGGUAGAUAUCCUUUGGGUCUUAACGCUUUGGGUAUAUCUUUGAGGGGGCUGAGUAAGGAGGAUUGUCUUAAAAAACUGCCUAGUUUCCGAACAACUCUAGACGGGGGAAUUGAGAAGACGUUGAAAGUCAGCUAUGAUGGGUUAGAUAGCGAAGACGAUAAAGAGCUAUUUCAUUAUAUUGCAUCUCUUUUCGAUCAUGUGGGAGACGAAGAUAUAGAAGAUCUUUUUGAAGAUUGUGAGUUGAAUAUGCUGUUAGAGUUCCGAAGACGUCCAGAUGGGGGAUUUGAGACGUCCUUCAGUUGUGAUGAGAACAUAUUGAAAGUCAGCUGUGAUAAGAAGAAGUUGAAAGUCAGCUGUGAUGAGAAUACAUUGGAAGUCAACUAUGAUGGGUUCUACAGCGAAGGCGAUGAAGAGGUAGUAUUUGAUUCUGUUACGAGUCUUUUUGAUGAUGUAAAAGAAGACAUUGAAGAUUUUCUUGAAGAUACUGCGUCGGUUGUUUGUGACUUUUGGGAUAUAUUUACUGGAAUAAGUUAGAUUUCUUAAAUCCAUAUAUAUACAAAUAUGUAAUUUCUCAUACUAAGCAUUAUGAAAUAAAAACAUUCGGUAUAAUCUUUGUUUUGAGGAUC